UUGAAAAUCUCGAAAAUAUAAAUAUCGACGAAAAGGCAUGAACACUUCUUUUUAACUCCCCAAUUAUUUUUUAAAAUGAUCAAAGUUAUACGUUUUCAUAAAAUUAUCAUGCCAGGAUUCCGUCAAUCCUAUUCAUCUUUGGCGACGUUGAAGAAAAUGAAACAGGCAAGUAACGAAAAGUCUUCAGUGAGUGAACUGAAACCUUGGCCCUCGUUUAUCCAAACUCGCUUGGACAUUUGGGAUAAGCUCAAAGCUGAAAAAGAAGCGGAAAUUGCAAGUAAGCCCCUACAAGGCAUCAAAGUCACACUGCCUGAUGGUAAGGUGGUUGAGGGUGUUGCAUGGAAGACCACAGCUUAUGAUAUUGCAAAAGGGAUCAGUCAAGGGCUGGCUGAUAAUUGCGUGAUUUCGAAAGUUAAUGGUGUUUUGUGGGACUUGGAUCGACCUUUGGAAGGAGAUUGCAAGUUGGAACUAUUGAAAUUUGAUAAUCCUGAAGCCCAGUCAGUGUUUUGGCACUCAACGGCUCAUAUUCUGGGGGAAGCCCUUGAAAGGGUGUACGGGGGGUGUCUCUGUUAUGGCCCUCCGAUCGAGUCAGGAUUUUACUAUGACAUGUUUUUAGAAGAUAAGGGGAUUUCGGCUGGUGAUUUUCCCUACUUGGAAAAUCUGAUGAAACAAAUCACGAAGGAAAAACAACCAUUUGAACGUUUGGAAAUGAAGAAAGAAGAUUUAUUGGAAAUGUUCAAAUACAAUCCUUUUAAAGUGAGGAUUUUAAAUGAAAAAGUGGACACACCUACUACUACUGUAUAUCGCUGUGGACCUCUAAUUGAUCUGUGUAGAGGCCCCCAUGUAAGACACACCGGAAAAAUUAAGGCUUUAAAAGUUACCAAAAAUUCUUCAACUUAUUGGGAAGGUAAAGCCGAUGCUGAAACUUUACAAAGGGUGUAUGGUAUCAGUUUUCCCGACAAUAAACAAUUGAAGGAAUGGGAAAAAUUCCAAGAAGAGGCUGCAAAACGCGAUCAUCGGAAAAUCGGACGAGACCAAGAAUUAUUCUUUUUCCACGAACUCUCUCCUGGCUCAUGCUUUUUCCAACCUCGUGGCGCUCACAUCUACAACACCUUGAUAAAUUUCAUAAAGAAAGAGUAUCGGAAACGUGGCUUCCAGGAAGUAAUUUCUCCUAACAUCUUUAACGCGAAAUUGUGGCAAGUUUCCGGUCAUUGGGCUCAUUAUGCUGACAAUAUGUUUUCUUUCGACGUCGAGAAAGAUAAAUUUGCUUUAAAACCGAUGAACUGUCCCGGCCAUUGUUUGAUUUUCGAUAACCGUACGCGUUCCUGGCGCGAGCUGCCUCUUCGUCUCGCUGAUUUCGGUGUUUUGCACCGUAAUGAGCUCUCAGGAGCCCUUACCGGCUUAACUCGUGUCCGUCGUUUCCAACAAGACGACGCUCACAUUUUCUGUGCCCUCGAGCACAUCAAGCAGGAGAUUAAAGGCGCUUUGGAUUUCCUGAGCCACGUUUAUUCAGUUUUUGGUUUCACCUUCAACGUAGUUUUGUCCACAAGACCGGAGAAAUAUCUCGGAGACUUGGCAAUGUGGGAGCAAGCGGAAAAAGCCCUCAGCGAGGGUUUGGACGAUUUUGGGGCUCCCUGGUCGGUGAAUCCCGGCGAUGGGGCUUUUUACGGCCCCAAAAUCGACAUUACGGUCCACGAUGCGCUCAAAAGGGCACAUCAGUGUGGUACUAUUCAACUGGAUUUCCAACUACCAAUCAGGUUUAAUCUGUCGUAUGUGAGCGAGAGUGGGGAAAAGAAGAGACCUGUAAUUAUCCAUCGGGCUAUUUUGGGAUCGGUGGAGAGGAUGAUUGCGAUUUUGACUGAAUCGUGUGGGGGGAAAUGGCCGUUUUGGAUAUCGCCGAGACAGGCGAUGGUAAUUCCAGUGGGGCCAACUUAUGAUGAGUACGCGCAGGAUGUGAAGAAGAAAUUGUAUGAGGCUGGUUUUAUGGCCGAGGUGGAUACGGAUGCGGGGGAUACGAUGAAUAAGAAAAUUAGAAAUGCACAGUUGGCACAAUUUAAUUUUAUUUUGGUUGUUGGAGAGAAGGAGAGAAGUAGUCAAACGGUCAACGUGAGAACUCGAGAUAACAUCGUCCAUGGGGAAAUAUCUGUUGAAGGAUUAAUUGAAAAGUUUAAAGUGUUGCAAGAGAAUUAUACACGAGCUGAGGAUAGUUUUUAAGCUUGUCAUUCCUUAGCUGUAUUAUUUAUUUUAAAUUAUGAAAAGUACCUACCGUAGAUUUUUGUAAUUUCGUUUGAAAUGAAUAAAGAAAUUUGAAUUCGAA